CCGCUCUUUCAAAGUUCCGGAAGUGGGGGAAAGUACACCGGAUACUAUCACUAGCGUGGGCUUACGAUUUGUGAGCGUUUCGAGGCUGAGAAGAAAGCGUGAAAAUGAGUAAAGCACAUCCACCAGAGUUGAAAAAGUUCAUGGACAAGAAGCUUUCAUUAAAGCUAAAUGGAGGACGCCAUGUUCAGGGCAUAUUGCGUGGAUUUGACCCAUUCAUGAACUUGGUGGUGGAUGAUAGCUUGGAAAUGGCACCAGGGGGACAACAGAACAACAUUGGCAUGGUGGUAAUCAGAGGAAACAGCAUUAUUAUGUUGGAGGCGCUGGAAAGAGUAUGAGGAGUUUUGGGACCUUGCAUCUGUGCAAGACAAAGAACUGAGGAGAAUUUUGUUUGUUUGUUUGUUUGUCUGUCUGCGUUUUUCAGUUAUUAUUUGUUGAUAUUAGUCAAGUGUUAUGAACAGUAACUCUGGGAAUCAGGAUGGAUGGAUUUGUUUUUGUAAGCUAAUGUUUGAAAGAGAAAAAUUAAAAUUUCUUUUUGACUGAU